AUGGAGUGUGCAACUGGAUCCUUGGUCUAUGGAGAUGAGCAGGAUAUGGCGGCCGUUUUCACUAGGGCCUUUGAGGAUUCGGACAACGCCUUCCCAAUCAACUUCGAGCGCGUCUGGACAUUCCUCAGCAAUAGCGCGAAAGCCAACGCAUUGAGGAAGCUCUUAAAGCGCUUUGGUGAGGGUGUGGAUUACGUCAAGGCACGCGGUGGUGCAUUCUCGAGGAGCGGCCCGCCAAGAGAUCUUUACCACAUGACGACGGAUGCCUUUGAAAAGUUUGCACUGAUGGCCGACAUCAAACGGGGCACGUUGGUGGUGGGGAAAAUGAAUCCACUUGAGCAGGACGAACAAUCUGGGGGGGUGGAAAGUGCAAUUGUCUUGCAAGAGCGGCUUGCUUCAGGGAACGGCCCUUGGGGGACCUCGCAAGCACGCCGGAACUCUGCUGUGACGGGGGGUGGUUGCGAAGUGAACGGGGUAAAGGACGGGGAAGCGGCGGGCCUCGAUACUGCGCUAGGUGUUUUCGACUAUGACGGCAACGUCACCUUCACAAUCGAAAACCUACUUCUGACGGACAAGUUGACCUAUGUCCGGGCCCGUAUCAAAGACUUUCACGCAGAUGAAGUUCCAGCGCACUACGUCUUUUCGUACCGCGGGAGCCUGAUUGGUUCCCGGCAAGAGGACCGCAUGAUUGUCGCAAACGUGUUGCCCAAGCAGGCGUUGUUGCCGUCGGAGAUUGAGGGGGAGACUUCCGCAGCCCUCGUGCUGGACGUCGAGAAGAGCGAUACGAGUGAUUCAACGCUCAUCCCGCGACACUUGACGCCCCUUCCGUCCGCCGAUUCGGCCGCCCGCUCCUCAUCCCCAGCACCAGCCGUGGAUCCUCCGCGCGUGCCUCGGUUUGCCUCCCUCUGGAGCAAUUCCCUGGCCGCGAAUUCCUCGCUGGUGGUAACGGACGUCUUCCAAUAA